AUGCUGGAACCAGAACAUGGCCCUAUGAUGCAGGUGGAGCACACCCGUACAAGAUGUUGGGUGUGUGUGCUGAGUUGCCUUCUGCUUGCCUGUCUGUAUGUUGGCAGUCUGUACGUCUGGAGAAGCAGCUUACCCAGGGAUCAUCCCAGUAUGAUAAAGCGUCGCUGUGCCAGUGUGCUGCUGGUCUCCGCGCUGUCACCUGCAGUGGUGAAGGCAUGGAUGCACUGGGCUGAUGUCAGGGUCGAUGCAUCUGUGUGGGAGCUGAUGGGAGUUCGUUUGGAGGGUCUGGUUCCUGCAGCCAUACUGCCACUGCUCCUAACCAUGGUAUUUUAUCUUGGUCCCAUGAUUCAUUCGGCAAUAGACAACCCUCAAGGCUUCACUGGAGAGCUGCAGUCUGCUCUCGAUGUUCAGUCGUGGUGGUUGUGUGCGAGAGAUGCAGUGUGGCUCAGGAACCAGGUGGUGGCACCAGUGACGGAGGAGCUGGUGUUUAGAGGGGCCAUGCUGCCCAUGCUGGUGCCCUGCACAGGACCGACAGCCGCCAUCUUCACGGCUCCGCUGUUCUUCGGUGUUGCCCAUUUCCACCAUAUCAUAGAGCAGCGACGUCUCCGUAAGGACAGUAUGAGUGCCAUCCUCAUGGUGUCAGGGAUGCAGUUCUUGUAUACAACUGUGUUUGGUGCCUUCACUGCCUUUAUAUUCAUGAGAACUGGUCAUGUUGUGGGUCCAGUACUGUGCCAUUCGUUCUGUAACAGUCAGGGCCUGCCUGACAUCAGCUCUGCCCUGCAACACCCUCAACAAUCAGCUCUACUCUUCUCCUAUCUUAUGGGGGUGCUGCUGUUUCUGGUGCUCCUCUUCCCGCUGACAGACACCUUCUUCUAUGGUGCCAUUCCCAUCUGCAGCCUGGUUGCCCCUCCGGCAUCUGCAUGUUAG